UGCAUCCAAAUCGGCUGACGAGAAACAUUUUCGCUCUGCGCGGGUCGGAGGUAACCGGUUAUUCAGACUCAUCAACGAAGGCAAAUGCGAGCAUCACCGGUGAAGGGAGCGUAGGGUUUUGCUUAACCAGCAUGGAAACUAGGGUUUCCUCUGACUUUAAGCUCGGAAGCACUGUCAUGGCCAGUUCUCGAGUAACAAUUGGUUUGCUGCUUCCUCUUCAAAGAAACUUCAUAGUAGAUGCUUCAGCAGCAAAAAUUUCAGUUUUUGAAGGAGUUAAUUUUGUAGGACGUGAUAACAUUACAAUGUCUGACAAGAGAGUUAGCCGCAAGCAUAUUAGUUUGCAUGGCUCAAGUGAUGGCGUUGUUGAACUUGUUGUUGAAGGUCCUAACCCAGUCAUUUUUAAAUCGGGGAAUCAAAGAAGGAAGCUGAGCUCUCAAGAAAAACUCUUCAUUAAUGAUGGGGACAUUCUUGAAUUGAUUCCGGGUAAUCAUUUCUUCAAAUAUGUAAAAGCAAGUGGUGAACAUGCAUCCUCUUCAGGAAGAGAUUUAGUCUUCUCUGAUAAAGCGCAGAAACAAGCAGAUAAGGAUGCCUUAGUUUAUGAUAGAAAUCAUCAACUUCUUCAAGAUGAGGCAUUAGCAAGAACGUUACAGAAUUUAGAGGACAACAGAUUGCUUGAAGUGAGCCCUCCAGUUGUCUCUAAAUCUUGGUCUUCUUGUCCAACAUCAGAUGCAGUUAGGGUUUCAUCCAAUAGCAUGGAGGCAAUUCACCAAUUUGAUGUUUCUAAGGAUUGUUUAUCACUUGUCUUCCGGCUAAUGCGAGUGCAAGGUCUGCCUAAAUGGGCAAAUGAAUGUACGGUUGCUAUUAAUGAUGUUAUAGAGGGAAACAUUCUUGUUGCUAUUCUUUCGAACUACAUGGUCGACAUUGAUUGGUUGAAAACGGCUUGCCCAAAACUGUGGCAGAUUCCUCAUGUACUUAUUGUCCAUGGUGAAAGUGGCAACCGGGUUGAUCAUUUGCAGAAGAAAAAGCCUUUAAAUUGGGUUCUGUACAAGCCAUCGCUUCCCAUAUCUUAUGGAACACAUCACUCCAAGGCAAUGCUCCUUGUAUAUGAAACAGGGGUGCGCAUCAUCAUACAUUCUGCAAAUUUAAUCCAUGUCGAUUGGAACAACAAAACACAGGGGUUAUGGAUGCAAGAUUUCCCUUACAAAAAUGUCAAGAACUUGUCUGAGAGCUCUUUUUUCGAAAGGGACUUAAUUGACUAUAUCAGCACUCUUAAGUGGCCUGGCUUAAAUGUAAAUCUUCCUAAACUUGGUGAUGUGAAUAUAAAUGCAUCAUUCUUCAAGAAGUUUGACUAUAGCAGUGCUGCGGUUCGGUUGAUUGCGUCUGUUCCUGGAUAUCAUUCAGGUCCAAAUCUUAAGAAAUGGGGCCAUAUGAAAAUGAGAACAGUUCUGGAAGAGUGUGAAUUCGACAAAGAAUUCUCCAAAUCUCCUCUUGUUUACCAGUUUUCAUCUCUAGGUUCUUUGGAUGAAAGGUGGAUGUCAGAGUUUGGAGCGUCUAUGUCUGCAGGAAUUUCACAUGAUAAUUUUCCAUUAGGCUCAGGGAAGCCUGUAAUCAUUUGGCCAACUGUGGAGGAUGUUAGAUGCUCUCUGGAGGGUUAUGCAGCUGGUAGUGCCAUUCCAAGCCCACAAAAGAAUGUGGAGAAAGAAUUUCUAAAGAAGUAUUGGUCAAAAUGGAAGGCAGAUCACUUGGGUCGAUGCCGGGCAAUGCCUCAUAUAAAAUCCUACACCCGACAUAGCGGUCAAAAUCUUGCAUGGUUCCUUCUAACAUCAGCAAAUUUAAGCAAAGCAGCAUGGGGUGCACUUCAAAAGAAUAACUCUCAGCUUAUGAUCCGCUCUUAUGAGUUGGGGGUAUUAUUCUUGCCAUCUGUUAUGAAGGGCAAUCUUUCUCAAUUUUCAUGCACUGGCAAUGGUGAUAUGAAGCAGAUGUCUACUAAGAAUGGCAAAACAAAAUUGGUGACUCUAUGCUGGAAUGGCGAGCCGGAUUCAUCAUCUGAGAUCAUCAUCCGUCUACCUGUUCCAUAUCAACUUCCAGCCCAGCCUUACUCUCCUGAAGAUAUGCCUUGGUCGUGGGAUCGGCUAUAUGCUAAAAAGGACAUACACGGUGAAGUUUGGCCUUGAAUGUGAAUCAAGUUCUGCAGAUGCAGUAUACAGGUAUUAGUAGGAAUUCUUUGGAAGGUUGAUAACCUUAAGUAAUCAGUAGGCUUUUGAGUUUAAUUUGGUUGACACAGAUUCACUUGGGUAGAUGCAACUUUUUAUCAACAUAGUUGUAAGAUUAUUAUAAUAAUAGUUAAUUUUUUAAAAAAUUGAUGUCAGUUUUAUAAGUUUCUUUACUUUUGAAAAAGUUGAGUAUGAACUUUCUUAUAUCCACACACUCGCAAAUUUGGUUGUAAAAAUCUGCGGCAAAAAUUUCUUAGAAGCAGCAAUGGAACCAAGUAAAUA